AUGGAGGGUGUGACGAGGGACCUUCCCGAGCCGGCUAACCCCCUCCUCCUGACUGUGUUCCUUCGCCACCUGCGCCUCACGCGUCUCCUCUUGGAGGGCGGGGCCUACAUCAACGAGAGCGACGUGCAUGGCCAGACGGCCCUGAUGGUGGCCUGUAAGACGCGGCACGCCGACCCGCAGAGCACCAGCCGACCCGCCUGGUCCAGUACCUGCUGGAGAGCGGAGCCGACCCAACAUCCAGGACAAGGCGGGCCACUCAGCCCUGAUGCAUGCCUGCCUGGAGAAGGGCUGGGGUCAGGGUGGUGUCCCUGCUCCUGGCCAGUGGAGCGGACCCGGGCAUGGAGGACCGGUCUGGGAGCUCCGCAUUGGUCCAUGCAGUCACUGCCGGCGACAAAGAGGCUCUGAAGGUGCUGCUGGACACCUGCAAGACCAGAGGGAAGGAGGUGAUCAUCAUUACCACCAACACACUCCCCUGUGGGACGUCCAGGACCAAGCAGUACCUCAACGUGCCUCCUCUAACCCUGCUGCACCCGACGACUGCUCCUCCCUGCGCCUCACCCUCUGAGAUCCAGCUCCUCACCUCCCCUCUGUACACCCCCUCCUCCUCUCAUCCUCCUCAGCAGGUCUUCAACUUUAAGGAGGACCAACCUUCUGGGUGUGAGGCAGUGAGCUCCCAGCCUGACAUCCAGUCACAUGCUCUGGUUCUUGGGCAGAGCAGGGUGGAAAGGCUGCUGCAGCCCCUCCAGAGGCUGAACUCAGAGCCCUGGCAGAGGAUCCCUGCCUCUCUACUGGCCCUGCAGCCCUGCGGUGCCCCAGACGACCUCCCAGACAUCAGCCCAGAAAAGGAGCUCUCCCUCAUGACCAGCAGGCUGGGCUGGAACAACUGCGACAACAGCGCCCCCAUCCGGUGCAACUGCAGUACUGACUUGGAUCGCAACACUGCUAAUGCUAUUAGCUUUAGCAAGUCUGAGGGGAGGUUGAAUGAGGAAGAGGUAGGGGAAAGGAGUCAGAGAGAGGAGGAAAGGGCGCUGUUGGUGCAUAAGUUGUCCUUUGCCGGCCUCUCUUCGCCCCACUCUGCCUCCAACCCAAACCUCCACUCCCACAGCCUUGGCACAGGCCUAGGUGCCCUUUUCCUCUCCUCCUUCAUUGGAACCAAAGUUCCCGGCUGCCCCCUCCUCAGCCUGGCUGUGUCCAGCCUGCACAGCAUCAUCCAGAGACGCCACCUGGGUUCUGACCACUACAGCUCUGACCCCCAGCUGGCUGUGUCUACCGGGGGCUUCUCAGAGGACAGCCAAGCCCCACUGGAGAGUGAAGACUGGUCACCUCACGCUUCUCCACCCUGCUGA